AGAUGUAAACAAACCUCAAUUUUGUUUACGUGCAGUGGUUUCUUGACGUCAUGUCGAUUAAUAUCAAUUGUUUUUUUGAUUUUGAGGGGGUUUUUAGGCGUAUUAUUGUAGGUCAUGUGUGAAUUGAAGGUGCCUGGAUUAUUUAUAGAAUGGCUGGUUAUAUUAUGAUUUGGUGAAAUGGAGGAAGAGGAGAUAAUAGCAUUAUAGUUAGAAUAUAUACACCCUCUCAGCCAUAAGCCAAAGAAAUGGACAAGAGAUACCGAAUACUCCUACAUUCUGAGAAGAACAUCGCCUCCAUAGAAACCAUACCCACCGAAUCACUUGGGGAAGAUUGCUUGGUCAGGCAUAUAGCACCGAGUAUAGAAACACCGACUGAAGCACUUUCCCAGGGUGAUGGAGAUGUAAGGGACCAGAUAAAACAGGUGAAUCCUCUUAGUAAGGAACCCAAUCUUCUACAAGGCAUAGCUAACGAUGGAGGGUCUAAUGGCGUGCUGCGACUCAUGAAGAACCCAGUUACUGGUAAAUUAACUCUGAUGUGCCAUUCUGUGGUUUGUCCAUCCAAAAGUAAUAUAGAUAUAGAGAAGAAUAGCAAGGAAGCUAGUGCAUUAGGGAUAUCUGUGCCAAAUGGAGGUCAGCAAAGUGACCUUUCACCAGUGGGCAGACUCAAGCCCAAGAGGGGAAGGGGUCGUCCUCGGAAAGACAGGACGACAGAGGUCAAGGAGGAAGAGGAGGAGGAGGUCAAGUUUCACACAUGUACAAGAGUUAUCCAGACUAACAGCAGGACAGUUUACCUGAAGGGGGAGUGUGACUGCCUUGAAGAGCAGAUAAACAAUGAGGGAGAGAGUGAUGUUGAGGAGAAGGAUGUGGUACCUGAGAAUUUUAUAAAUAGAACAAGUGCAAAUAAGAGAAAAAAUUUUGAAGGCAAUAUAGAUAUAAGGGAGUAUGUAUCAGCAUCUUCACGGAUAAGAGACCCCUAUAGACCUUGGAGGAAGAACUACGACGUAGUUGAUGGGAAGGAGGUUCUUCCCGAGUACAAGAUCCAGGCGAUUGAACGCACCAAACGGCAAAAGGAGAUGAGACUGAACCAGAGGCAUAGUGUCUUCCGCACAUGGGAAAGUGUCCUUGCAUGUAAAGACAGAGUCGAAGAAGAGACAAGGUCGAAAUACAAUCUCUACUCCAAAACUCCAGGAUUUUGUGAUGACAGGCCAAAGCCGGGGAAACGUGUCUUAUUUGAACUGAAGCGAUCGAAAGGGGACUCUGCAGUCGUUCCUUACACAGGCGUUCCACUCAUGUGGAUUGGGAGUCGAGUCUAUACAUGUCACCUUAGUAAACACAAUUAUAAAUAUGGAGUGAAGCAGCAUAAAGAAGAAUCUGAGGACAGCUGUGCAAAUAACAAGAGAAAGAAAAAAACUCCAUCCAAGCACAUUGGGUGUCCGGCAACUUUCUCAGUUACUAAAGUGGCAAGAUUUCCAGACUUUGAGGUCACGGAUGAGAGCAAGUGCAAGACAACCGUCUCAGCCGAGUUGAGAAACGCCUGGCUUCGGCAUCCUGAGAAAGUGCGCUUUUAUAUUGAAUAUUAUGUCAAACGGCCGAAACUGGAGGACCAUCAGGGCCAUUUUUCCGAAGAUGCGAAAACCAGCUCGAAAUUCCAAGAACCAGUCGACCCCAGAAUCCUACGCAAGAUCCACAGCCUGACCCAAGAGGGCGUCUCGGGGGUCAAGCAGGUCAGGGAGGCGCUGGCGAUCUUCGUGCAGGAGGAGCUGUUCGGGAACUGCGAGCCGCCCUCACCCAAGAGACGGAGGUAUAACCCCAGCAGCCAGGAUAUUCGGAAUGCCAUGAAGAAGGCACGGUUAGAACUUCAGAGAGCCGGCAAAAACGUCUUGCAGAUCCAGUGCAAUAAGCUAGUGAGAGACAUCGGCGACCUGGUUAGCACGAUCUCGAACGAGGAGUACCUGGGCCAGUUGAAGGACCAUCUUACGAACCUACAGAGUACCCUGAGAGAGGGGACAUCUAUAGAACCCUUCCUUGCGUGCAUAAAGGACCCCGUGGGAAUACCCAAGAAGAAAUCCAUCCCAAGGAGCCAAGACUUUACAGAAGCAAAAGAGAGAAGACCUCAGUUUACAUAUUCCGUUACUGAGACUGAACAAGCCGCGCAGGUUUUGUAUCAGGAGGAACUUCAUCGAGAGCAGGAAAUGAAAAUGGACGAGGGUGUCGCCCAGAUUUAUUACUAUCACCAGAUCAGUCCCGGGGAGGAGGUCUAUACAACAGAAGUCGUUGAUACUUCCAUGCAGCAAUAAACAUUUAUACUCUUGUGAUAUAUGUAAUAAAAAAGAAGAAAAAGAGAACUUAAUGCCAUUGUAAAUUUGCAUCUAUAUGUUAUGUGUCGAAGAAAAAUAUAAGGCAUUGUGAAUG